CACUUCCUACCCACCGACACUGACACGCAUUCACCGGUCAGCUCAGCUUAUUAUUUCUGUCCCCCCUCCUCACCCCUACCGCCGCCCAACCCCGCCGGUUCACGUCUGCAGCUGGUGGUGCUGGUUUAUGAUCGGCCGUUUGUUCGGUAACGUGUCUCAGAGGGUGCCGAGCUUCUUGUACCGGGUGUCGCUGAUGAUGAAGCCGCAGGUUGUGUUUGUGCUGGGCGGGCCUGGCGCCGGCAAAGGGACCCAGUGCUCCAAAAUUGUGGAGAACUACAGCUACACCCAUUUAUCAGCUGGGGACUUGCUAAGAGCGGAGCGAGCUAGAGAAGGGUCAGAGUUCGGACAGCUCAUUGCCAACUACAUCAAGGAAGGCAAAAUUGUCCCCGUGGAAAUCACUAUCAACUUACUCAGGAAGGCAAUGGAAGAGACAAUGCAGAAAGAUGAGACAAGGUUCCGUUUCCUCAUCGACGGUUUCCCCCGCAACGAGGACAACCUUCAGGGGUGGAACACCGUCAUGGAUGGGAAGGCAGACGUCAAAUUUGUGCUUUUCUUUGACUGCGGCAACGAGGUCUGCAUCAACAGAUGUCUGGAAAGAGGGAAGAGCAGCGGACGCACAGAUGACAACAGAGAAAGCCUGGAGAAAAGAAUCCAAACCUACCUGCAGUCUACACGACCAAUCAUUGACCUGUAUGAGAAACAGGGCAAGGUGUGCACCAUAGACGCCUCUCGUUCCGUGGACGAGGUAUUUGCUGAUGUGAAGGCCAUCCUGGACAAAGAGGACUGAAUUUUCCCAGCUGCCAACAACAUUCAUUUAUCUUUUUAGUUUUCUUUUUAUCAACUGCAAGUACACUAUAAUAAGUUUAUGUCCAUUCAUAUGACUUUUUACUUUGGUUACCUAUUUUUUGGGUUUUUGUUCUUUUUUUGUCUUUUAUAAUUGCUGCACUGUUUGUGAGUGUGUGUACAAUAUGUAUUGAUGUGAGUGAGAAGUAGACGUGCCUAGCAGCUACUUGUGAUCAACUAGUUCAUGCUCAGAAGAGCUCACAGCUCAACUGCAUUAGCAUAGUUCAAGGCCUCUGAAUAGGAACAAAAUGUAUCAUUAGCUUAGAGAGAGACUUUCUGUAAAUCAAAGACACUUAUUAGUACUGGAAGUCUCUACAAAAAAAUGGUAUAUGUCACUAAUGUCUUCAGAGUUUCGUGUCAUUGGAAGCAGCCAUAAUGCUUCAGACCAAAUAGUAGUUUGACCUGAUGGGAUCACAAUGGGAUCGAUUUAAGACUUUACAGAGCAGCCAAUGGCCUGUCUGCUAUCCAAAUGAAAUGCAUUCAAUAUGAGUGUCAUGUCUCUCGCAACAGGGGCAUGACCAGACUGCUCAGUUGGAACUGCUUUUGUGCCAUGUUAGAGUAAUCAGGUACACUGUUUCUGUGAUAAAUGGCCUGUUCUUCAAUGAAUAUCUGACUCCAGUACCAGAACACCUCGAUGUGCUUCAUCAUAGCUGUGACACCUGGGACUAGUCGUACUUUAGAGAAAACAUGGAGAUAAAAAUGAACAUUUGUUGAAUCUGUACUGUAUCAUCUAGAAGGAGGAAGGAUAAAACUGAAAAGUAAAAACUU